AGACUUUAUUGUUGCAUUCCCAUGCAUAAACCAACAGUGAAAUUUCUUCGAAAUAAGGCACAUUUCUUUGCGGCACGGCAGAAAAUAUGACAAGUCAACGCAAUUUGUACAAUAUGAUUUCUCCAAAUAUCGAAAAUAUAACUAUAAGAAAAAUUACUGUUUGAGUUUAAUUAGCUUUCUUUGUUGUCUUGUUGUUCUUGAAUCGUGCCUCUGCAUUGCUGGAUCCUUUCCCAAUGCAGACUUCAAGAUUCUGUUGCUUUUCUAUGCUUAUCUUAAUGAGCUUUUGCGUUGUUAGGCUUAACUAUAGAAAUGCAACUGCUGCAGAGGCUGAUGUAGGAGUAAUUCUUGAUCUUGAUACGCCUCUUGGGAAGAUAUGCAGCACUUGCAUCGCUAUGGCAAUUGAAGAUUUCUACUCCAACCGCAACCACAGCACCGUGAUUGUGCCUCAUUUCAGGGACUCGAUGAGUGAUGUUGUUGCUGCAGCUUCUGCUGCUAUAGAUUUGCUGAAGAAUACUCAAGUGAUGGCGAUACUCGGGCCACAGAAGUCCAAUCAAGCCGACUUUGUGAUAGAUAUUGGUGAGAGAGUGAGAGUUCCAAUUAUAUCUCCAGCAACGAGUCCGGCCCUGUCGCCUAAAGAAUCGCCAUACUUCAUCAGAUCGGCAUGGUGUUCUUCUUCUCAGGCCAAAGCAAUUGCAGCCAUCAUAAAAGGUUUUGGCUGGAAGGAAGUCGUGGUUGUCUAUGAAGAUUCUAAUGAUGGAACUGGACUAUUACCACAUUUGUCUGUAAAUCUACUACAGAGCAAUGUUGUUGUCUCAAACCUGAGUUCUAUCUCCCCUUCUGCUGAAAAUGAUCAAGUUCUUGAAGAACUCUACAACUUAAAGGCCAUGCAGACGAGGGUCUUGAUUGUUGAUAUGCUUCCAGAUCUUGCGUCUCGCUUCUUCCAAAUGGCAAAAGAAGUUGGGAUGAUGACUGAGGGAUAUGCUUGGGUAAUAUCUGAUCCACUAACCAGUUUAUUGAGUUCUGUGGAUUCGGUUACUAUUGAGGCGAUGCAAGGUGUACUAGGUGUGAAGGCUUACGUUCCAAGAUCCGAGGAGGUUAGAGGAUUCACUAAGAGAUGGAGCAAGAGGUUUCAUGAGGAGAAUCCAAAUAUUGACCGAACAGAACUCAAUGUUUUUGGAUUGUGGGCAUAUGAUAGCACAACAGCUUUAGCUGAAGCAAUUGAACGAGUUGGAGUUCCUUCCCCACGAUUCAAGAAACCGGUUGACGGAGGGAAUUCAACAGAUUUGGAAGCAAUAGGGACUUCAAAUAGCGGAUCAUCACUUGCUUCUGCAGUCAGAAACUUCGCCUCAAAAGGGUUGAGUGGCGAUUUCAAGAUCACUAAUGGUCAGCUGCAACCAUCUGCGUUUGAGAUAGUGAAUGUGAUUGGCAAAGGAGACAACAUGGUUGGAUUCUGGACAGAGAAAUAUGGGAUUUCAAAGGAACUGAAGAUGGAUGAUGAUAAACCAGUUUACUCAACAGAAAAGGACAAUCUUCGAGGCAUCUUGUGGCCAGGCCAGACGAGCAAUGUACCUAAAGGUUGUAGGAAGAAGUUGAGAGUCGGAGUUCCUCACAAAACUGGGUUCAGUGAAUUUGUUAAUGUUGUGAGGAACACAGAAACUAAAGCUGUUGAAGCAACAGGUUUCUGCAUUGAUGUUUUUGAGGAAGUCAUGAGAUCAUUGCCAUAUGCUGUUCAAUAUGAGUAUAUUCCUUUUGAAACCGCUGAUUACCCGAGCGUUGGAUAUUACGACGAUCUUGUUAAUCAAAUAUAUCUUGAGAAAUAUGAUGCUGUUGUAGGAGAUGUGACCAUUACAUCUAACAGAUCAAAGUAUGUCGAUUUCACCUUCCCUUACACAGAAUCUGGUGUUUCCACUGUUGUCCCAAUCAAGAAUAAUGAGAGGAAGAAUGGUUGGAUAUUCUUGAAGCCUCUAACAACUGCCCUAUGGCUAACCAUUGGGGCAUUUUUCAUCUUCACUGGACUUGUCGUUUGGGUGUUUGAGCAUCGCAUAAACAAACAUUUCCGAGGUCCACCUAUGCAGCAAGUUGGAAUGAUCUUCUGGUUCUCUUUCUCAACACUUGUUUUUGCACAUAGGGAGAAAGUGAAGAGCAAUUUAACAAGAUUUGUGGUGAUCGUGUGGGUGUUCGUGGUGGUGGUUUUGACAUCGAGUUACACUGCGAGCUUGACAUCCAUGCUAACAGUUCAAAAACUCAACUCUAUAGAAAUGAUAGUAAAGAGGGGCGAAUACGUUGGCAUCCAAACCGGCUCUCUAAUCACUGGAGGUAUGAUAUUUGACUAUAGCAAGUUCAGAGAAUAUAGCUCAGUUGAGGAAUACGACAAUGCCCUCUCUAAAGGUAGCAGAAAUGGAGGAGUAGCUGCCAUUGUUGAUGAAAUCCCUUACAUUAGGCUCUUCCUUAGCAAGUACUGCCACAAGUAUACUAUGAUUGAUCCAAAACACAAGACUUCUGGUUUCGGAUUUGCAUUUAAAAAGGGUUCGCCACUAGUCUCCGAUACUUCAACAGCAAUCUUGAAUCUUAUAGAGGAUGGGAAAAUCGAUAUGAUUACACGAAGAUGGUUUGGAGGAGAAGACUGCUCUGCUGAUGGCUUAGAAAGCCUCGAUCUGGAUCGUUUUACGGGCCUAUUUCUCGUUGUAGGGCUAUCAUCAUCAACAGCUCUAGCUAUAUUCUUCUCCACAUUCCUUUAUCAGAAUCAGCAUAUAUUAGCCUCCUCGGCUUCAAUCAAGAAAAAGCUGCAUGAUCUUGCUAGAGCUUUUGUUCAGGAAAAAGAUGAUGUAUCAAAGCAUUCAGAAACUAGUGGAGAAAUAGUUCUAGCACAAAGUCCAUCAUUCAAGACUUCAUGUGAUCGAGAAGAAAUGCUUUCCCAAGAUGAAGAGAUCACAAAAGUAGAAAUAGAAAUGCACAAGGAUGAUUCAUAGGUGCUGGUAUAUUCUAUUAAGGUGUUACACUUGAGUUUGAUAACAUAAAACUAAAUAUUUUAGCCCUGCAUUGCUGGGUCCUUCCCAUUGAAGUAUUCAAGAUUCUAUUGCUUUUCUAUGC